AUGUUUCGUAACCUGCUCAAGUUCAAGAUGGCGGCGGAAACAGCGGUCAAGAGGGUCAAGACUGCUCCUCGCCUCAUUGGGACUCACAAUGGCCAUUUCCACGCCGACGAAGCCCUGGCCGUGUACAUGCUACGUCUUCUUCCGGAAUAUGCCUCUGCCAGCCUGAUCAGAACGCGCGAUCCUGGCCUGCUUGACACUUGCCAUACAGUCGUUGAUGUUGGUGGGGAGUACGACGUGUCCCUAAAUCGCUACGACCACCACCAGCGCACAUUCGAUACAGCCUUCCCGGACCACAAGACCAAACUGUCUUCCGCUGGACUUGUCUACAUGCAUUUCGGUGAAGCCAUCAUUGCUCAGCAUACCGGACUUCCGAUUGAUCAUCCUGACGUGGACCUCCUCUACCGGAAGUUGUACGACGAUUUCGUCGAGGCGAUCGACGCCAAUGAUAACGGCAUUUCCAAGUACGACGACGCUUUGUUAGAGAAAGCAGGCAUUGAAAAGAGAUUCAAAGAUGGUGGCAUCACUCUUCCAAGUCUGGUCAACGACAUGAAUCAUGAGGAUCCCCUGGCGCUGGGGACGCCUUCGAGGAACACCGAGGAAGAGCCGCAAGCAGAAGAGGACUACCGUUUCUCUCAAGCUUCUGCUCUUAUGGGUAAGGCAUUUCUCCGCAAACUCCACGGCGCGGCCACCGCGUGGCUUCCCGCUCGAGCCAUUGUCAAGGAAGCCUUCGCAGCGCGUGAGAGUGCGCAUCCUUCUGGACAGCUCUUGGUCUUGCCCCGCGCUGGAAUUCCGUGGAAGGAACAUCUUUACAACAUAGAGGAGGAGGCGGGCUUGCCAGCGGAAAAGAAGAUUCUGUACGUGAUAUACCCGGAGAAAGAAGAGCCAGGAUCAAAAUGGAGGAUUCAGGCUGUCAGCAAAGACCUGUCAAGCUUUGAGAACCGCAAGAGUCUGCCGGAAUCCUGGCGUGGUGUGAGAGAUGCAGAGCUGGAUGCUCUCUUGGGGGAUAACGUCGAGGAUGGUGCCGUUUUCGUGCAUGCAAGCGGCUUUAUUGGAGGUCACAAGACGGAGGCUGGUGUUCGUUCCAUGGCGGCUUUGGCACUGGCGUCGUGA